AUGAACUCCAGAAUCCUUGGCCAGGGUUUGCGUCUGUCCAAUCCCUCCUCCUCCACGGUCUGCUGGAGGUGUUCAAGUCUUCGCCAUGCGUCUUCGUCUUCCGCUCCGUCUUCAUCUGCGCCGAAACAGCGACCCUGGACUCGACGGGCGGUCGUGAGUGCAGCAGCAGCAGCAGCUGGGGGGAUUGGUAUUUAUAUCUGGUCGCAACAGGAUUCUGGGCCUUCUAUUUUGAACCCGGUCAAAUUUACCAAGUACUCAUUGGUAUCCCGGGAACCAGUAUCGUCGACUGGAAGUAUCUUUACUCUCAAACCACCCAAGCCCGAUGGAAACAGUGAUGUCUAUGAAGAGGCAUGGCAAGCUGGCGUAUGGAGUGUGAUGUUUAAACAGCCUCAGCUGCAGAUCGGGAGAGAUUAUACGCCCCUACCUGCAACACCAUGGAGUCCGGAGGAGGAAGGUCUCUUGCGGUUCUUCAUUCGUAAAGACUCGUUUGGGGAGGUUUCCCGAUAUUUGCAUGGGCUUGAUCUAGGGAGCACGAUUGAAGUACGCGGGCCACGAAUCGAACGCGAAAUUCCUACCGAAACCCAAGAGAUUCUGUUUAUUGCUGGUGGCACAGGGAUUGCUCCAGCCCUGCAGGCUGGCCAUACUCUUCUUCGGCGCACCAACGAUACGACCAAACCUCGGAUACAUAUCCUCUGGGCAAACAGACGACGCGAUGACUGUGCCGGAGGAUUGGAUGAUACCAAAGCGGAUGCACCUCGAAAGUCGUGGUUCUUUUGGGGUUUCAAAUCCCCAGAAGCUAGCCCUGCCCCGGCAGAACUGCAAAAGGACACCUCUACAUCUCUAAUGGUCCGAGAGCUGGAAGCUCUCAAAUCCCAAUACCCAGGUCAAGUUACUGUGGAUUAUUUUGUGGAUGAAGAAAACAAAGCUAUCGGAAAGAAGGCUAUUUUGGACUUCACUGAUUCUACACGUGCUUCGGAGAGCUCUUGCAAAAGUAAAAUGAUCCUUCUUUCAGGACCGGAAGGAUUCAUCAGCUAUAUGGCAGGACCAAAGCUUUGGGCGCAAGGAGUAGAACUCCAAGGCCCGCUUCAAGGGAUCAUUCAAGAGCUCGAUCUGAAGGGUUGGAUCGUCUGGAAGCUUUGA